GGGGCGGAGGAAGCAGACUCAUUAGAAUCCUAAAAAAAGAAAGUGUCCGAGAUCAUAAAACAGCCGCCUGGAGGACGCGGCGCUCACUUACAGGCUGAGGCGCAGUGGACGCAUCUUGCCAAGUGUCUGGUUCUAGUAGAGCUUCGGCGUUUCGGCACAUUCGCUUCCUCAGUGUUUCCACUCACACGUCGGGCUUUCUGCGUUUUCAGUUACCGGACUUGAUGGCAGUCAUUUCUCCGAACUUCUGAUCCCCAGGAACAAAAACGUGCCCUCAUCACUUCUCCUCCCUCCACUUCCAUCGGGCGAGCGUGACGCAUGGACACUUCCAGGGCGCACGCUUCCCAUUGAGUGACCGAGUUUUUUGCAGCACUAAGUUCAGUUUUGGGCAACUCCUCGGUGUUUGGUAUAAGGAUGGUCGUCUCUGCAUGGAAUAGAUGCUGUGUUGUGAUGGUUUUCGUCGCCGCACUGAGGACGGGGACGUGCCAGGUGUCGGAGGCGCGUCCGAAGGCAAACGCUAUCAAGCCAGCGCUGUUGGAAGGCUCUCCUACACCGACCACAAACCGCUCCGCCACUGCACACAGUGGGAUCACCAAGAAACACAACACCCUUAACCAGGUGUACCCGUGCAGCAACGACAAGGAGUGCAGCGUGGGCAGCUACUGCCACAGUCCUCAGCAGACGCCGUCCCGCUGCCUCCCCUGCCGCAGGAGGAAGAAGCGCUGCCACCGAGAUGCCAUGUGCUGCCCUGGGAACGGCUGCAGCAACUACAUUUGUGUGCCGAUCUCUGAGAGUGUGCUCUCGCCUCACAUCUCAGCGUUGGACGAGCCCAACAAGCUCUCCAGCAAAGACCAUAACUGGAGGAAGAGCAGCAAAGGCCACGCCAAGCACUCUCUGAAAGGCCACGACGGCGACCCCUGCCUGCGCUCGUCCGACUGCUCCGAGGGCUCCUGCUGCGCUCGCCACUUCUGGACCAAAAUCUGCAAGCCGGUGCUGAGGCAGGGAGAGGUGUGCACCAAGCAGAGGAAGAAAGGCUCUCACGGCUUGGAGAUCUUCCAGCGCUGCGACUGCGCCAAGGGCCUCUCCUGCAAGGUGUGGAAAGAUGCCACCUCCUCGUCCAAGUCCAGGCUGCACAUGUGCCAGAAGAUCUGAAAGCGGAGGCAGCUGUUGUCGGCAUUGGGGCCUGUGUCUCCAUCUGCCAGGGAACGAUUAAAAAAAAAGAAAAAAAGAAAAAGAAAAAGUUGGGUUGUGGCUGUAUUAAAAGAAGUAAAAAGAGACUAACAAGAGACAGAACAGGCUGUGUGGGUCGGAGCUCGCUAUCCGGCACAGCAGAAAGCAAAUGAGAGCGCUUUGUGGUGUUUGCAGCGAGUGGUCUAUGCUCCCUCACACACACACACACGCACACGCACACACACACACACACACACACGCACGCACGCACGCACGCACGCACACACGCACGCACGCACGCACGCACGCACGCACGCACGCACACACACACACACACACCUCACGAAACCACACCUCAUGAGACCAGUGAGCUCAUGAUGUGUUUGCUCCCAACUACAACAAACCCUUUACGUUCUCACGCCAUUCAGGGAGCCACGCGCCAGCAGAUGCUGCGAUAGGUGUGGACCCGUUCUGCGUGCUGCAGCAGGCGUUCCUCAUAAUUAGAGCACAGAUUAUUUACAUAGAAGCCAUAUUCUUACUGCACAGCACACUAUUUACCAAAGCCCAAAGUCCACUUGUCAUGUUCAUACUCUGCCUUUCACUACUGGAUCUGAUUUAGCUGCACUGUGUUGUCUGUUUUUGCUUCACUAACUUCCUUCUUCCAGUUUAGGUGAGACGUUCGACCCGACCAGCGUCUUUAGCCCAUUAAUAGAGUCAUACACAACUGAGGCCAGAACUUGAGUAGCAACCGAGGCUUCACGUGAGGCAUAAUGCUUUGCAAAGCUCAGAAUGAAAGAGCUUUUGCAUUAGAGCGAUGGCUUUCAUCUGAGGCCUCGGGCCGCGAGAAGCGAGCGAAAGCAUCGGUUCUGUUGUGGGAACCCGGACGAUGGACUGAGCUCCAGCUGCACGGGUUAAAGCGCUUCUACCCUCGGCUGCAGGCUUAGACUCAGUGGUCCCGAUACCAGACUGAGAAUGUUUCUGCUUUUCCAAUCAACAGGAUUCAAGGAUACGAUGAAAGUGCAAUUUUUUCCGUUUACAAAGCCAGUGGGACUGGAGACGUGAGAAGAUUGAUUGUAAUUACAAAAACGCUCCACAAACCUGAUGUUAGAGAGAGUUGUCGUUUUAAUCAGCAUUUUGUGGACGACACAAAGUUCUGUUUAUUUCUCCACUGGAGGUGAAGCGAUCCUUUUACAUUACAGCUCCUUCAAACAACCAGUCGUUACCUUCAUAGUCAAUUUUGCUCCUUCUGCUUCCAGGUCCUAGAGCACUACGUACACAUAUUUUGUAACCAUUUAAACAUUUCAAUAAGCUCUUAUAUUGUAAAUAGAUUUGAAACAAUGAAAUGUAUUUAAGAAUCCAUGUAUAUCAUGUACAUAAAGUAAAAAUAUGAUGCUUAAAAGCGAAAGCAAAAGUGAUCUAGGUGAGAAGAGCGAAGGGACGAGACGGGACUUGGGGUGGAUAGACUUAAAGCAUAUAGCGAUGAUAGAAAGUGUACAGAGGAGAGAGGAGCUGACUGAGGUGACAACCUGGAUGCAGCGACGCUAAGAAAAGCAUUCGACUUUCCACAACACUUUGUGUAAAUGGUGUGUAAAUGGUGACGAGAUAUGCCACUAAAUAUUGUUUGUGUGAAUACUUCUCAUGGAUGGAAAAAUAAAAGAAUGUAUUUUGUACGACUG